AUGCAGCUGGGAAAGUACCUUCCAAUUCCUCAAUGGGGAAAAAAGGUUGCUGCCUCUGACACUCCAGCUUCGUCGGAUCCCCCUAAGAAGCAUCAACCUCCUCACACUGCGCCUUCCCCUCAGGUUGCUGCUCCUGCACCUCCCCCUAACUCCUCUGUCCCUCCACCCCAGCCAACCCCCAUCUCUGCCAUGCCUUCAACCGCCAUCCCCCCUAAGCAUGUUUCUGAUCAACCUCCAUCUUUCCAGUUGGUCCCCUAUACCCAAGCUCCCUCCUCUCCUGCUAGCUCCCCAGACACCAUACCAUCCUUGAAACUUCCUAGAUCCAGUCCCUCUAAUCAGAGAUUCUCCACUUUCACUGACCAGUUAAAUUUCUUCACCAAACCUAUCACUACAUUCUCUCUCGACUCCACACCUUGGAUGCUAGGUGGUGAUUUCAAUCAGAUCUUGCAUCCUGCUGAACACUCUUCAACUGCAGUGAGCUCACUCUCUCCUGAUAUGAUUCAAUUUAAGGACUGCCUCUCACAAAUGGGCAUGUUUGAUCUUCGCUUCCAAGGCUCCUUUUUCUCCUGGACUAAUCGUUACCCUGAAGCCUCGAUUGCCAAAAAACUCGACCGCCUCUUAAUCAACAGCCAAAUCCUUACCCUCUAUCCUGACUGCUCAGCCUUCUUCCUCCCCUCCCUCACCUCAGAUCACGCCUCAUGCAUGCUUAACCUAGCCUACAAAAUUCCUUCUUGUGACACCCGUCCCUUUAAGUUCUUCAGCUACCUAUCCAAACACCCCUGUUUUCACCAAGUGGUACUAGAUUCUUGGACUCAAGCCGGAAGCUGGAACCUCAAUGCUCUCGUACAAAUAAUGCAGGCUCCUACGCCUCAGCUUUUUGAAUUAGAGAAGCAGGCUAUUGAUCGCUGGAAUUACCUGAGAAUGAUUGAGGAGUGCUAUUUCACGCAAAGGUCUAGGAUCAAUUGGCUUAAGGAGGGAGACCUGAACACAACUUACUUCUUCCUGAUUGUGCAAACUCGCCUUAACUUCAACAUCAUCAGAUUGUUCACCCUUCCCUCUGGUACGAUCUUAACUGACCCCUUGGAGAUGAGCUCCCAUGCAGUCCGCCACUUUUCUAGUACUCUCGGACCAGGGCCCCCUCACUGUGUGGUAACAGCCUCCACUGCUGAAUGGUUCCAGUCUCUAUCCCCCUUCCGAUGUGACCAGGACCAGAGUAUCAAAAUGACCGCAAUUCCAACCUGCGAGGAGAUCACUACUGUCAUGCAUAAGCUAAAUCCUAACAAGGCACCAGGGCCAGAUGGACUUACCUCGGGUUUCUACAAAGCGACAUGGUCAAUCUUGGGAAAUGAAGUCACAGCCUCGAUCCAGCACUUCUUCUUCUCGUCCUUCAUGCCUUCUGCUACUAAUAGCACCAUCCUCACUCUCGUCCCCAAACACGCCAGAGCUUCUCUCAUUACUGACUUCUGA